ACUUUAUUUGGCCAUUCACAAUAUUUUAAGUCACAAUGAAGGUUGUGUGGAUAAAGCGCUUCCUCCUGAUACUGGCUGGAAUAUGUUCUAUAUAUUACAUAGUUCCAUCAUUUAUCAACCGAGAUGGUACAAUUGAAUCAUUUGGACAUGGCAGUCCUGGAAUGGUUUCUGAUUCGGAGCAAAGUGUUAAAGAUCUGUUUAAUUUGGUAAAAAAACUCCAUCAAAAACAAGAAUCCAUGCAGAAGCUUCUUGAAGAAGAUCUAGACAGACAGAGAAAAAUAGAAGAAAAACCAAUUGCAGUGGUCAAAAAGGAGGACGAAGAAAAACCUGGGAAAAUUGAACAGCCUGGAAAUAAAGGGAAUAAACUUUUCCCAAAGUCUCCCCUGUUCCAGAACUGGGGUGGAGAGAAUUUGUCAGAAGACGAACAAAAAGAGGCGCAAGCUUUGUUUGAGAAAUAUGGAUAUAACGUGUUUCUCAGUGACCGCCUACCCCUUAAUCGACCUCUUCCAGACACCAGGGACCCAAGAUGCUUGAAUAAGACCUACCCAAAGGAUCUGCCCAGCAUUGGAGUAGUUCUUAUCUACCUGGAUGAGGCCCUGUCAAUCCUCAAGAGAGCCAUCCGAAGUAUUAUCGACCGCACUCCGAAGUCCUUGCUGAAAGAAAUCAUAUUGGUGGAUGACCACAGCACAAAUGACGACCUGAAGCAGGACUUUGACAUGUACAUCAAGACCAUUGAGGACCAGAAUCCAGGCCUCCUCAUGACCAGAGUGAGACACAGUGAGCAGCUGGGGCUGACCACGGCUAGGAUCUCUGGAUGGAAGGCCGCCACGGCUGACGUGGUCGCCAUCUUGGAUGCUCAUAUUGAAGUCCAUGACCUGUGGGCUGAACCAUUGCUGACGCAGAUUAAAGGGGAUCGGAAGCUGAUUGUGUCUCCGGUGUUUGACAGAGUCAACUACUAUGAUCUUGAGAUUGUAACAUACUUGCCUGCAUCCCAUGCGUUUGACUGGGCUUUGUGGUGCAUGUACGAGAGAUUUAGGCCUGAGUGGUACAAACUAAAUGACCCCUCCUUGCCUGGGAAGAGUCCUUCCAUAAUGGGUAUCCUAGUCGCAGAUCGGACGUAUCUUGGUGAAAUUGGAGUUCUUGAUGGAGGAAUGAAAGUAUACGGGGGAGAAAAUGUUGAGCUCGGGAUUCGUGUUUGGACAUGUGGGGGAAGUAUUGAGGUUGUUCCAUGCUCCAAGAUAGCCCACAUUGAGAGGAACCAUAAGCCAUACAUGCCAGACCUCUCCAUCACAAUGAAAAGGAAUGCUUUGAGGGUAGCAGAGGUUUGGAUGGAUGAGUACAAACACAACGUCAAUCUGGCAUGGAAUCUGCCCUUCAAGGAUCACGGUAUUGACUUUGGGGAUGUGUCUGAGCGAAAAGAACUAAGAAAACGGCUGAAUUGUAAACCUUUCAAGUGGUACCUGGACAAUGUGUAUCCACUGCUGGAUAUCUGGGACGAUAUCCUGGCCUAUGGAGGACUGAAGAACCUCGAUGCCAACAUGUGUGUAGACCAAGGUCCAGUUCCAGGCCACACACCGAUUGCAUAUCACUGCUACUACUAUAUGCCUCAAUACACAUAUUUCCGAGGGACUGGUGAGCUUUACAUUGGUGGGAUCAAGUCCCAUAAGUACAAUGCUAAUCGCUGUUUGACGGACAGUGGUAACAAUGACAACGAGCCUGGCCUGAACGACUGCCACGAUGCUCUUCAGAAACAAAUUGCAAUUUACUGGGACUUCACCCAGGGUAAAGAAUUGAAGAACAAACAGACAGGUAGAUGUUUGGAAAUUGUAAAGGGCAAACUCUUGUUACAAGAAUGUACAGGCCAAAGAUGGGAAAUCCAAAAUGUUAUCAAACCUUUCUAAUAUAUGUCGUCAAUGUGGACUGCAACUACAUUGAUGAUCAUUAAUAAGCCAAUUUACAAAAGUCCAUUUACUACUAUCCACUAUGCUGUAUGCCAAUGUAUAACCUUUUUUUAUAAUACUCUUAUGUAACUUUGACACAAAGAAAGAAUGUAAAUUUUUCUAUGAAUAUAUAAUACAUUUCCAAAAACACUGUAAUCUAUUUUUAAACAGAUGAUUUGUUUCAGUUAAAAAGUGCCUUAUAUUGUUGAAAUGUUUGUAUUUGCUAUAAAGCUGUAACAAGCGAUGUGAUAAUUGGUGAACCUAUCUUGAAAAGCUGGGGGCUUUCCAGCUUCAAGCAAACCGUGGCUAUGGGGUCCAUAAAAGUAGCACCUGUCUGAGUCAGAACCAAUGAUAUUGCAGACGCUCACAUGCCUUUUCCUAAAGGUGGAGUUUAAGUUGGGAUAGAAGACGAUAUUUUCUUGCUCUAUUUUAGGGGCUCCAUGGGACAUCUACUUUUUUUAUUAAAUGUAUUGAUUCUUCGGUAAACCUAACUUGAUUGAA